UGCUGUGACGAAUGCAAUCAACCCGGCGUGCACAAUCAAAUAAGAUCAAAUAGAACAAGUUGUCCUACAACUUUAGGCUGUGCAUGCCAUACGCAAGAAGAAGAAGAUCGUGAGAAUAUUAUUUAUUUCAGGUCUCCAGAUCACCAGCAUCCAACUGUGACACCAUUGUCUCACCUUAAUUCACAGUGACUGGAGCACAGAAUAGUAGAGUUUGAUCAUGUGUGGCAUAUGGGCCAACUUUGGGAGCAAUGAAUGCCUCAUUGCCCAAUUUAGCAAAGCUAUGAAGAUAUCACACAGAGGACCAGAUGCAUUUCGCUUUGAAAAUGUCAUUGGCUUCCCCAACUGUUGCCUUGGAUUUCACUACUUGGCCAUUACUGACCGUUGGUGUGGUCUUCAGCCUCUACAAAUAAAGCAAAAUCCAAAUCUCAGGCUUUGUUAUAAUGGAGAGAUUUACAACUUCAGAGAACUUCAAAAACAGUUUGGAUUUGAAUACCAAUCACAAGUUGAUGGUGAAGUCAUUCUUCAUCUUUAUGAAACAAAUGGAAUAGAAAAUAUGGUAAAAAUGCUAGAUGGUGUGUUUGCUUUCAUGCUACUUGACACUAAAAAUAGCAAAGUAUUUAUUGGAAGAGACACGUUUGGAGUAAGACCACUAUUUAAAAUAUUCACUGCUGAUGGAUGCCUUGCAGUGUGUUCAGAAGCAAAAGGUCUACUUGAUCAUCAACAGUCUAUGACUGCACUAACAGAUAUAGUGCCCUUUCCUCCUGGUCACUAUGAAGAAUUUGAUUUGAAGCAUAAUGGAAAAGUUUCCCAAAUGAAAUGUGCGCAAUUUCAUAAUUUUAAAGAUAUUCCAAAACAUAUUACCUUUGAUACAGUGGAGCAGUUGACUGCAGAUUUUGACUUGGAGAUCGUCAAAAAGAACAUUCAACUUCUUCUUCAAAAUGCAGUAAAUAAGCGUUUGAUGUCCCAAAGAAGAAUUGGUUGUCUUUUAUCAGGUGGUUUGGAUUCCAGCCUAGUUGCUGCCUUGGUUUUAAAACAGAUGGAGAAAUACAAUCAUUUAAAUUACCCUGUACAGACGUUUUCAAUAGGAAUGGAAGAAAGUGUUGAUAUACUUGCUGCACGCCAGGUUGCAGAACAUAUUAAAAGUGAACAUCAUGAAAUUAUCUUCACACCUGAAGAGGGCAUCCGGGAAAUAGAAAACGUGAUUUUCAGCCUCGAGAGUUAUGAUGGCUGUACAAUCCGUGCUGCUCUUGGAUUGCAUUUAGUGUCCAAGUAUAUACGUGAGAAUACUGACACCAUUGUCAUUUUCUCCGGGGAAGGUGCAGAUGAACUUGCAUUGGGAUAUUCACAUUUUCAUAAGAUUCCAUCAGCUGAGGCAGCUGCGGAAGAAAGUACAAGACUUCUGAAGGACAUGUAUUUCUUUGAUCUCCUGCGCUCUGAUAGGAUUACUGCUGCACACGGGUUGGAAGUUAGAGUUCCAUUUUUGGAUCAUCAAUUUGCAUCCUACUUCCUGUCACUUCCACCAGAAGCAAGGGCACCAAAGAACGGAAUAGAAAAAUGUAUUCUACGCAAGUCAUUUGAAGACACGGACCUCAUACCACGUGAUAUACUGUGGAGACCGAAAAUGCCUUUUGGUGAAGGGGUUUCUUCCGUCAAGAGGACAUGGUACAGCAUAUUGGAGGACUAUGUGGAAACUCAGGUUGAAGACCAUCACUUUGAGAAUGCAGCAGAAAGGUUUCCUUUUAAUUCACCAAAUACAAAGCAACGCUAUUUCUACCGUCAGAUCUUUGAAAGGUUUUUCCCAGGAUCUGCCGGUUGGAUUCCAUAUUACUGGAAUGCUGGAUACAAGGUUUUACCAGUUUGUGCAAUAUCUGAAGAAGAGGACAAUUCUACUGAAGACCAAAGGAAGCACAGUUGUACCAAUGGACAUGCAUUAGUCCAAUAGGAUUAUUACUUACUAAAAAUGGCUUUACAAAAAGACUGGAACCACAGAUUAGUGGAAGAUAGUCAAAUGAAUUCAUCAAAUAAUAGGGAUCAUAGCAUUAACUAGUAAAUGUUCAGGGAGGUGAAGACAGGGGCAAAAGGGGAACUACUUAUCUAUUAGCCUAAUGUUAGCGAAAGGAAAUUGCUGGAAUCUGUGAAGAAGGAUAUAAUAACAGAAACAACUUGAAAAUAAUGAUAGAAUUGAGCAAUAGACAAAAAUGCUGGAGAAACACAGCGGGUGAGGCAGCAUGUAUGGAGUGAAGAAAAUAGGCAACGUUUCGGGAUGAAACCCUCCUUCAAAAGGAGGAAUAUAGCUUUUGAUAGGGCAAGAAUGGUAAUGAAAAGGAAAGAUAUUCAGAAGGGAUGGGUGGUGGGCAUUGGGAAGAAAGGUGGUAAUGAUAAUCAAAUAUAUUGUGCAGCAGUAAAAUAUAAUGUUAAUAUAGUAGAUCCUCCAGAGGCAGAAUGAUAGAAAAAAAAUGGGGCAACUAGAAUUGCUCAAAUGUUGCCUAACCAAAAUUUAAUGCAACACAAGUUCCUGACUCUUAUACUCAAGGCCAGCAUGCCAUAUACAUUCUUUAUCACCCUAUCUUCUCAGAGGGAUAUGCAGUUAGACCCCAAGAUCCUCCUAUACAUCAAUGCUAUUAAGGGUCCUGCCAUUUAUUUUCUUCUUACAUUUGACCUCCCAAAGUGCAACGCAUCACAUUUGUGUGGGUUCAACUCCAUCUUCCAUUCUCCAUCCAUAUCUGCAAGUGAUCUAAAUCUUGCUGUAUCCUUUGACAACCUUCUUCACUAUCCACAACUCCACCAAUUUAUCUAUUGUCUGCAGAUUUACCAAUCUGCCCAUCUACAUUUCCGUCCAAGCCAUUUAUAUAUACCACAAACAUCAGAGGUCCCAGCACUGGUCCCUGUGGAACACCCCCACUGGUCAUAGACCUCCAGUCAGAGAAGCACCUUUCCACCACUAUGCUCUACUAAUUCACCACCUUUCUCGUGCAUCUUAAUUUUCUGGAUCAUCCUGCCCUGAGGCAUCUACCUGAACUCGUAGUAAUCACCAUGUAUUUAUGGAGUGGAACUCCGAUCUAUGGAGAUCACUUCAAUCUGUGUAAAAUCAAAUCCAUGUUGAAUUUGUGAAGCGAUGCUUUCACUGUGAUUAUCAAGCUUUAAUAAAGGAAUAUAAUUUCAUAACAAUAUUAUCUGGUUUUUCACAAUUAAGCACAGCAAAAUGAUAUUCAAGUCAAGAUUGCUGAUUCACAUACAAGUCAACAACGGAACAAUAACAUUCUUACUUUCAGGUCUGUAAACAAAAUACUCAUAGAUAAGGUAUAAUGAACAGAAAAAAACAAUAAAUUAAUAACCCCAAUAUUAGUGCAAAAAUAGCCAAAAGUCCUUAAUCCAACUAAAGACAAUCUAUAGUUCAUAGUUUAGUUAGUGUUUUGUAGUAUUCAAAAGCCUGAUGGUUGUUGGGAAGAAGCUAUUCUUGAACCUGCUGGUCAUCAUUUUCACAUUCAUACCUUCUUUCCAAAGGUCGGAGUGAAAAGAUAGCAUGGCCAUAAUGGUGCGGAUUUUUGACAAUGCUUGUUGCCUUUUUAAGGUUAAGCCUACUAUAAAUCCCUUCAAUGGUGGAGAGGUUAGAGCCCAUGAUGGAACAGGAGGUGUCCACCACUUUUCAUCCUGGGUGCUUGAGUUGCCAAACCAAGUCAUGACGCAACCAGUCAAAUAGUUCUCAGACAUACACCUUGAGAGGUUCUGGAGAGUAUUGGCUGACAUACUACACCUCCUCAAUCUUCUAAGAAGGUUGAGGCAUUGAUUGAAUUUAUUAUGAUUGUAUCAAUGUGCAGAGCCCAGGACAGACCUUCAAGGUUAUACAGGCACAGGAAAUUGAGGUUGUUGAUUCUUUCUCCUGCCGACCUAACAAUGAAGAUCCUCGCCUUCCUUCUCAUAAAGUCAACAAUCAACUCCAUGGUCUUGCUGAUGUUGAGAGCUGGGUUGUUGCUCUGGCACCAUUCCAUCAGAUUAUCAAUCUCUCUCAUAUGCUCCAGCAUCCAUUAUUCAUCCAACAACAGUGAUAUCAUUGACAAAUUUUACGAUGAUGUUGCAACUGUUUUUGGCUACACGAUCUUGAGUGUAGUGAGUAGAGCAAGGAAUUGUGCACACAGUUCUGAAGUGCUGACGUGCUGAUGGUUUGUCGAGGAGGAAAUGUUGAUAUAAAUUCAAACUGAUUGUGGUUUGUCAAGUAGGAAGUUAAGGAUCAAUUUACAUAGGGAGCGGUUGUAACCCUACACCCUCAGCUUGAUAACAAGUUUGGGCAUUGAAUGUCGAGCUGCAGCUGAUGAAAAACU